AUGGUCCCCAUCGUCCCCACCUUCCUCUACACCACCGAGUACGAAGGCGCCAGGAGCUCCGCGAGCCCGGCCGUGCCCGAGCCCAGCCCCGCAGCCCCGGGGGCUCCUCCUCCCUUCUCCUCCGUGCUCUCCUCCUUUGACAACACCACCGUGCCCUUCCUGGAGCAGGAGAACACCCGCGUGGGGCUGCUCUUCGCCUCCAAGGCUCUGGUGCAGCUGCUGGUCAACCCCUGGGUGGGUGUGCUGACCAACAGGAUUGGGUACCACAUCCCCAUGUUCCUGGGCUUCACCAUCAUGUUCCUCUCCACCAUCAUGUUUGCUUUCUCAGGCACCUACACGCUGCUGCUCACCGCCAGAGCCCUGCAGGGCGUCGGCUCCUCCUUCUCAUCGGUGGCAGGCCUGGGGCUGCUGGCCAGCGUGUACCCGGACGACGCGGAGAGGGGCAGCGCCAUGGGCAUCGCCCUGGGAGGCCUGGCCUUGGGAGUGCUGAUCGGGGCACCCUUCGGGAGCAUCAUGUACGAAUUCGUGGGGAAAGCGUCGCCGUUCCUGGUCCUGGCCUUCCUCGCCCUCCUGGAUGGAGGGCCAGCUGAGGGCACGCACAGCCCCCAGCCCACGUCAGCCCCUCUGCAGAGCACCAAAGCCACCCCUGUGUCCACCCUGCUGCGAGACCCCUACAUCCUGGUGGCUGCAGGAGCCCUCUGCUUCUCCAACAUGGGGGUGGCCAUGCUGGAGCCCACGCUGCCCAUCUGGAUGCUGCAGACCAUGUGCUCCCCGCAGUGGCAGCUCGGGAUGGCGUUCCUGCCUGCCAGCAUCUCCUACCUCAUUGGCACCAACCUCUUUGGGAUUCUGGCCAACAGGAUGGGCAGGUGGCUGUGCUCCAUGAUUGGGAUGGUUGUGGUGGGAAUCAGCCUCCUCUGUGUCCCUCUGGCCACCAACAUUUACGGGCUGAUCGGCCCCAACGCCGGCCUGGGCUUUGCCAUAGGCAUGGUGGACUCCUCCAUGAUGCCCAUCAUGGGCUACCUGGUGGACCUGCGCCACACCUCAGCCUACGGCACCGUCUACGCCAUCGCCGACGUGGCCUUCUGCACGGGCUUUGCUGUCGGUCCGUCCACGGGCGGGGCCAUCGCGCGAGCCCUGGGCUUCCCCUGGCUGAUGGUGAUGGUGGGCGUGCUGAACGUGGCCUACGCCCCGCUCUGCUGGCUCCUGCGCAGCCCCCCGGCCACGGAGGAGAAGAUGGCCAUCCUGAGCCAGGAGUGCGCCAUGAAACCCAAAAGCUACAGCACGAAGGAAGCCCAGCGGGAAUCGCCCCUCACGGAGGAGAGCGACGGGGAGGAGGAAAACAUGGAAUAG